UCUAUCCUCAUUUUUCAUUCUCCCUCUGACCAGUUCAGUAUUUCCGGAAGUCAAAAUAAAUAAUUUAAAAGUAGUUCAGAAAAUUUCCCGUUCAGUUUUCAAAAUCAACAAAAAGAAACAUGCAGAAUAAAUUUAGGCAGGAUUUCGAUCUGGAGACGAACAUCAAGCUUAGCUCUCUGUGUUGGCGCUGGCAAUCCUUUUGCUGGUUGACCCUCAAGGGUAUCGCCAUUGGGAGAUUCUUGUUGGGAAAUCUAGAUAUGGUUUUAACAUUAGUUUGCCCACUUCUACUGAUUAUUGGGGUAUUGACUUUUUGGCGUAACCGAAAGAAGCGUGCCUUGCCAGAGGACUCCUUGUCGGAGGCUGUUUUGCCAGAGAAAGUAAUGUCAGAAAAUGCCUCUUCAGAAAAUGCCUCCUCAGAAAAUGCCUCGCCAGAAAAUGCUUUGCCAGUAAUCGAGACUGUAUCCUCUGAGGAGCCGCCAGCCGAGCCUCUAGUGACCAAAAUUUCCCUUCAGUUAGUUCCCGGGUCUGCAGACACCAUCGAUCUAUGUCCUGUAGAUCGAAAAGACUUACCAGUGGAGCCGCAGGAGCCUAAGGAACCGAAACCUACGACUGUGCCUCAGUGUAAACCGACUGGCACCACUCUCAAGGCGUCAAGAACAAGGAUUUUAAAUUACCAAACUCGUCAAGUGGUAGGCAUGAUCAAAAAAGAUCAACAACAAGCUAAAAUCCCAAGGCCAGCUCCAUUUAAUCGUUUUCCGGUUGUGAAAAAGCCCUCGGUCAGACUGGCUAUUACAAAGAGCCCCGUCAAGCUUCCCAUAAUUAAAGCCUCGAUCAGGUCUAUUCUAAGCAAGCCACCGGUCAACACUUCUUUUGGAAACCAGGCCAAUACCAAGGGACCUGCCAAAAAGACCCCGUUCACCGCUUCUAAAACCAGGGAGCCUGUCAACCGUUUUAGAAACGCUUCCCCUGGAAAACAGGUUUAUACCAAGGAAUCUGUCAACCCGGCGAUGUUGCAGACCCCGGUCAACGCUUCCGUGACCAAGGAACCUGUCAACCGUUUUAGAAACUCUUCCCCUGGAAAACAGGUUUAUACCAAGGAAUCUGUCAACCCGGCGAUGUUGCAGACCACGGUCAACGCUUCCGUGACCAAGGAGCCUGUCAACCGUUUUAGAAACGCUUCCCCUGGAAAACAGGUUUAUACCAAGGAAUCUGUCAACCCGGCGAUGUUGCAGACCCCGGUCAACGCUUCCGUGACCAAGGAGCCUGUCAACCGUUUUAGAAACGCUUCCCCUGGAAAACAGGUUUAUACCAAGGAAUCUGUCAACCCGGCGAUGUUGCAGACCCCGGUCAACGCUUCCGUGACCAAGGAACCUGUCAACCGUUUUAGAAACGCUUCCCUUGUAAACCAGGCUAGGACCAAGGAACCUUUCAACCGUUUUAGAAAUCCUUCCCCUGGAAAACAGGCUAAUACCAAGGAACCUGUCAACCCUGAUAUAUUGAUAACUUCCCCGGUCAACGCUUCCAUAACCAGGGAACUGGUCAACCCCCCCGCCAAUACCAAGCUCAUGGUCAACCCGGUUAUAAGGAAACCAUUCGUUAAGUCUGCUGGAACUAAGGGCAAUGUUAACUCUACUUCAAAACCAGCUCCGGUUAACCAGUCUGGAAUUGAGGCUUAUGUGAAUCCGACUGAGACUAAGGAUACCGUCAACCCGGGCACAAACAAACCACCCUUCAAACCCCAUCCCCGACGUGGUUUAAGUCAAGGUCCAGACGGAUUAAAGGUUCCGCGUCAAGCUGAUGCACGCAGUCGUUCGACUAACCGGGAGAUCAGAGUCUGGAAGGUUUAGAUUUGCCAAAGGGCCUUGGGGUCAGGAGAAUCCCUACAUUUUUAUUUGUAUAUUACACAUUUAUACGGCACAGUAUUUGUAAAAUGGUUUCGAAAUAAACGAUAAAACUAACUAGAAAACAGA